UCGGGAGCGUUCAACGGAACAUGUAGGACACGUAUCAUUUAAGUGAUCGCGUGUCCCAUAUCCUCUCUCCUUUCAUCGCGAUUGAAGUGCGCGGGAAAUUUGAAUUUAAAUAGCGAAAAACAUUUCAUCAUGGAAGUGGCGGCGGUGCUUUCAAAUGUGACGCUGUUGGAUGACAACAAUUCAACGGAAAAUAUCAGUUUCGUGCUGAACGAAGACGACGGCAAUCCGAUUCUAGCUUUAGUGUUAUUCUCCUUUUGUUUGGCCACCAUCCUGGGCAACGCCUUGGUCAUCGCCGCAGUGGCACGAGAACGUUACCUGCACACGGUGACAAACUAUUUCAUCAUGUCGCUGGCCGUGGCCGAUUGCCUGGUCGGUUCCAUCGUCAUGCCCUUCAGCGCCGCAGUGGAAAUGCAAUCCGACCGACAAUGGCUUUUCGGCCGUGAUCUCUGUGAUGUUUGGCAUUCAUUCGACGUCCUGGCCAGCACCGCAUCUAUCCUCAAUCUUUGCGUCAUCUCCAUGGAUCGCUAUUGGGCAAUCACGGAUCCUUUCACUUAUCCGGGCCGGAUGACUCCCAAACGAGCUGCUUGUUUUAUUGCGCUCGUUUGGGUUUGUUCCAGCCUCAUCAGUUUCCCGGCCAUCGCGUGGUGGAGAGCGGUGGCCGUCAUCGAAGACGGGCCUGCCGUCGUGGAACACUGUGUGUUCACCGACGAUGUGGGAUACCUCGUUUUCUCUUCCACCGUCUCUUUCUACGGUCCGCUUUCCGUCAUGGUGUUCACCUAUUACCGCAUUUACCGGGCAGCUGUUGCCCAGUCGCGAUCGCUCCGACUGGGCAUCAAACAAGUCGCAAUGUCCUCAACAGGCGAAUCGGCAAAAGGCGGAGUGGGAACAGCUGAAACUAUGGAAUUAUUAACUUUGCGGAUCCAUCGAGGUGGACGUGUCGCAUCCGACAACCGAAGGUGCGCGGCAGCUGCCGCUCUUCUAACUUAUCAAGCGGCCGGUCGUCACUCACUGGCCAUGGAUCCAUCGCCUACGUCGGCACGCAAUAACGUUUUAGAAAUACAAGAAUCAUCUCAACAAACUCAUCAAACAAUCGAUCGUCAUCAUUCGCCUUCGGAUGCACCAAUCGCUACGCUGUCCGUUUCUUCGUCGGUCGAUGGCGACGCAUCCGCAAGGUUGCCCAUCGCAAAAAUGAACUUGAGUCGAAAAUUAGCAAAAAUCGCUAAAGAACGCAAAGCAGCCAAAACGUUGGGCAUCGUGAUGGGCGUGUUCAUCGCUUGCUGGUUGCCUUUCUUCGUCACCAAUUUGCUAUCGGCUUUCUGUCAGUCGUGCAUCCACAAUCCGGAACGGGUCGUCACCGUCGUCACUUGGCUCGGAUGGAUCAAUUCCGGAAUGAACCCCGUCAUCUACGCGUGCUGGUCACGGGAUUUCAGAAGGGCAUUUGCAAGAAUUCUGUGCGGAUGCUGUCCUCGUUUGUUCCAUCGCUGGAAGAGGCACAGCGCUAAAUCCGGGAGCAACAAUACGAUAAACCAGCAUCUUGUCGGAUCACACAGCCGAUCUCAUGUUACACCGAGUAACUCGCAGCUCAGUCAGAUGACUGUUAGUCCCAGUUUUACGUCAUUGUGUCAUCAUUCGACCUCUUUCCCCAUGUGAUUACUUCCUCCCUUCAUCCAAUGAUACGGUUCCCCUUCAAUGAUUGAACGUUCCAUGUUAUGUUUUAAAAAAAAAACCCUUUAUGAGUCGAUGUACAGUACAGCACGUAUACCUGUCGAGUAGCAGGAUAAAAAAAAAAAUACAAUGUCUUUUGGGUUUC